CAGUUUCAGGAGCAGAGGAAGGUUUCAGUGGCCGGUUCGAUAGAAAAAAAGAAUACGUAGAAGUUGGAACUGAAGCAUAAAGCGUGUUAAAGUCCGUGUGUGGAGUUACUGCUGCCGCGAGCCGCUGGGCACGUGCCUGCUCUGGAUUAGAUGAGACGGAUUUCACGAUGAGGAGCGACCCGGUUCUGUUCGGCUCCAACAGGGCGAUGGAGGAGCUGGUGUGUGAGCUCCGUCUGUUCCUGGACCUGUUGGACAGGGAGUAUCUGAGCGCGGGGGUCCGAGAGAAGAAGCUGCACCUCUCAAACAUUCUGCACAGAGUCCUCUCAGAAAAAGAGCCUUCCUUCAAGUCAGAGAUCAGCAGUGGUCUGCCGGCACCGCCUCAGAUGCCCCUCCCUGAGAUCCCUCACCCCUGGCUGCCUCCAAACACCGCCCCCCCCCCUCUGCCCAGCUCCUCUCUACCAGAAGGCUACUAUGAGGAAGCAGUUCCUUUAAGUCCUGGAAAAGCUCCCGAAUACAUCACAGCCAACUAUGACUCGGACGCCAUGAGCAGCUCUUAUGAGUCGUAUGAUGAGGAAGAGGAGGAUGGAAAGGGCCAGAAGAUGCGUCACCAGUGGCCAUCUGCAGAGGCGUCCAUGGAUCUGGUGAAGGACGCUCGGAUCUGUGCAUUCCUGCUGCGCAAGAAGCGCUUUGGACAGUGGACCAAACUGCUCUGUGUCAUCAAAGAGAACAAACUGCUGUGUUACAAGUCCUCCAAAGACCAGACCCCCCAGAUGGAGCUGACUCUGUAUGGGUGUAGCAUCACUCACAUUCCGAAAGAUGGCAAAAAGAAGAAGCAUGAACUUAAGAUAGUCCACCAGGGGGCAGAUGCGCUGGUUCUGGCCGUGCAGAGCAAGGAGCAGGCAGAGGAGUGGCUCAAGGUGAUGAGAGAGGUGUGUGUUAAUGGGGGCGUGGACUUGGAUGGAACUGGAUCUGGUUCACCAGUGCACAAACCUGAACUGGAAAAGAAGGCAUCUUAUGACAAACCAAGUUCCGAUGGUGAAGCAACUCAUGAGAACGGACACAGCGACUGCAAGGACCAAGGAAAAGGGAAGAAGAACGCAAAGUCUGAGCAGAAGACUGGGACGGUGGGGAAGGGAGCAGGGAAGAAGAUCACCAAAAUUAUCGGCCUGGGAAAGAAGAAGCCGUCCACAGACGAGCAGACAUCUUCAGCAGAAGAAGACGUACCCGCAUGCGGCUACCUAAACGUGUUGUCCAAUAACCGUUGGAGAGAGCGUUGGUGCCGUCUGAAAGAAAACCAGCUGCUUCUCCAUAAGGACCGUGACGACCUGAAGAGCCACAUCGCCUCGCUGCCCCUCAGAGGCUGCGAGGUCAGUCCUGGCCUGGAUCACAAACACCCGUUUGCCUUCCGCCUGCUUCGUAAUGGCCAGGAGGUGGCAGUACUGGAGGCCACUUCCUCUGAGGAGAUGGGUCGAUGGUUGGGGAUCUUAUUGGCUGAGACUGGCUCCACCACAGACCCAGCUACCCUGCACUACGACUACAUCGACGUUGAGACCACCGCCAAUGUCAUCCAGCUGGCCAAGCAGUCCUUCUGUUUUACAAGUAAGCGUGCUGUCUCUCCGAACCCGUACCUGGACAGCCCAGUCAACGGCUACGCCUGCCCCAGUGGCAUGGCUCUGCACUAUGAUGACGUGCCCAUCAACGGAAUGCUGAAAGGAAAGAAGGGAACUGGGCCCAAUGGGGGGGUAUCAAAACACAAGGCAGAGCCAAAGAACCAGCUCAAAAAGAAUGGAGUCAACGGGACCAAUGGGACAGCUUCUCUGCAACGCAACAGCUCCAAUGCAGAGCAGUGUAAGUAUGGCAAGAACCGGGUGGAGGCCGACGCCAAGCGGCUGCAGACUAAAGAGGGAGAGCUGAUGAAGAAGAAGCAGGAGAUCAGGAACCAUCUGACCCAGCUGAAGAAGGAGAGGAGAGACCUGCGCACUGCAGUAGAGACUUCACCUGGCAAACGUUCACUGGCCUCUCUGACGGAGCGACUGAAGAAGGUGGAGGAAGACUGCAGGCAGAGGGAGGAGGAGCGGGUGACCCUAGAGCUGGAGCUGACAGAGGUGAAGGAAAGCCUGAAGAAAGCCCUGAGCGGGGGGGUCACCCUGGGCCUCACCAUUGAACCAAAGGCUGGCUCCUCUGGAGUCAAGUCACCGGCUAUGUUGCGAAAGAAACAGGAGUCUUCCCCUUUCUCCAGCUGUGACACCAGUGACACAGAGUCGUGCUCGCUGCCCGUCAACAGCGCCUCGCUUCUCCGCAGGCAGCAGGGCCAGAAGGCGCCGGCGGUCCGGGGCCACGUCCUCAGGAAAGCUAAGGAAUGGGAGCAGAAGACAGGCACAUAAACCCCCCCAUCACAUCAGUCUGAUUUGUUAUCCUUUAUUACUUUUCAAGAAAUGUGUGUAUAUAUUUAUUUAAAACUUUUCAUACAGUCCUUUCCACAUGGCAAUCACAUGAACAGAAGCAGUUGUUGCUUUUAGUGUCCUGUCAGUACUACAACCCUUUAAACUGAGUCACCAUGGAGAUGUGCAACCUGUGUCCUUUAGUUGUUUUCUCAGAAGUCUGUUCCAGCAGAUUGACAGUGUGGAUUCAAAAAGGUGAAAACCAAGUAUUUAUUUGUAAAGGUGUAGAGCAAAUACUAGCUCCCUUUGUUUAUUUAUGUUGAUAUAUUUAAAGUUUGAUUUUGAUGAAUGAGUUGCGCUUAACAGAGUCCCAUCUCCUACAAGGUCACAGGUCAGCUUCUGCUAACAAAAUGCAUUCAAAUAAUCAUAACCCACAGCAGCAUUUAUCAGAUCAGUAAGAGUAACAUUAGCAUUGCCCAGUCGCUCCCCAGAUUAUCUUAACUCUGAGAAAGCACAAUUAAUUGUGGAGUUCCAUCUGUAUGGCUGGAUUAAUGCAAAGCUGUAUAGUUGCAGAAAGAAAAAAACAUUUUUGAUUAAAAUCACAAUUUGACAUUUGAUUCACAAACCUGUCUCAUUCCAUUAAUAACAACAGAUAUUAUUUAUUUUCUUGGUCAAGGUUGGGACAGUUUAAGGACAUUUUUGCAGAUAAAUUAUUAAUAAUGUCAUUCAUUAUUAAUACAAUGUGUUUUAUGAGUUAUUACAUGAACACAAAUUAUACCAAUACUGAUCUUGUAUUUUUACUCAAAGAAAUACAAGUACAACAAAGCUUGUAGCGUUGCUAUCAAAAAAAGACUCAAUAUGGUAACAAACGAGGCGGGCUCCAGACCUCUGAAUUACUGCCCAAAUCCUUGAAUUGGUGCAUAGUUUGCUAAUGUCUUUUCCCGCUGGUUGAAAAAAUCUACCAAUACCAAGUUGAAAAAAGUGAUAUAAAAAUGUGAACAAACAGAAAUGAGAUGGACGCAGCGCUACAGAUUACAGAAACUAACUUAGUUCAAUGUAAUUAAGUUAGCUUCUUUGUUGACCGAAAAUGACAUUGAUAAAACAGAUAAGUCCCCCACUGCAGAAAAGGGGAAACAUGAUCACAACAUCAGACUAAUAAAUUAAGUGAAAUAGUAAUUAUCCAGUAAUCACAGUUUUGGCAAGCUACAACUACAAAUGAAGUGCAUUGGUGCCAGUGUGUUUGCGCACCAAGCCUCCAAGUCGCAUUCUAAGCCCCUCAAAUAUAAUUUUCACGAACUCGAGUCACAUUUCUAUUAUACCCCAUUCACACCAACGGUGUUUCAGGGCCGGUUCGGUGCUGGUGCUUGAAAAGCACCGGGUUUUCCUGUUCACACCGCAGCGGAGCAGCCUCUAAGCUCCGGAAUCCGGUUCGUUUCGAGCACCAAAA